ACUCGCCAAAAAUGUGUAAGUUUAUUAAAAUGCAUACAUUCAUUCUGGAUAAAGGAUACAAACAUAAAUGUUUCGCUAAUCUUACCCUUUAUUUAUGUAUCUUGAACAGCAGCUCAUGUAUGCAGGCUAACCUUUUUAGACGAAGCAGCUUGUCUACAGACGGGGAGGUCCCUGUACAAUUUAUGAAACCCUCCCCUAGAAACAUCAUCAAUCUACAAACUUCUUUCUGGUCUGCAUUGGGUCUCUCGUCUCUCAGCCGCUUAGUUUUUACACAUAAAAGCCGCAGAGGAUCACAGUGUGCAUGUUCCUGAUUUGACAACAUGGGGCUGAUCCUGUCAGGAUAUCUGCCAGCCAAAGAGAACUCUAGUGCACCUCUCUCCAGUGUCACUCUUGCUCUGUGUCUUUUUACCCUCAUACUGAUGAUGGCCAUCAGGGUAAAACAGAGCCACAGAUUUUUCUUCUCCUACCACCAUGACUCCCACUUUGACAACACAAAGUUCCCUAGUGCUCCAGGCCCCAAACCUUGGCCCCUUGUGGGCAAUUUGCUCCAGGUGGGGGACCAGAUGCAUCUCUCAUUAACUCGCCUGGGUCUGCAGUACGGUGAUGUUUUUAAGAUGCGUUUCGGCUCUUUGCCAGUGGUCAUCCUUAGUGGGUACUCCACCAUCAGGCAGGCACUGGUCCGUCAGGGAGAAGAUUUUGCUGGACGACCUGAACUUUUCACUUUCUCCGCCGUGGCUGAUGGGACCAGCAUGACCUUCAGUGAAAAGUAUGGACCUGCGUGGCUGCUCCAUAAGAAGCUGUGCAAAAAUGCCCUAAGGUCCUUCUCCCAAGCCGAGCCGAGGGGAUCAGGGGCCACUUGCCUCCUGGAGGAGCAGAUGUGCACUGAGGCUGCUGAGAUGGUGACGGUGAUUCGGGAAGAAGCUGCAAAGAACCACAAGACGAUGGGUAUAGAUCCCACAAUAUCCUUAGUGACCUCAGUGGCAAAUGUGGUGUGUGCCCUGUGUUUUGGGAGAAGGUACGACCACAAUGACAAGGAGUUUCUCACCAUUGUGAACAUCAACAACGAGGUACUGAAACUUUUCGCAGCAGGGAAUUUGGCUGACUUCUUCCCAGUGUUUCGUUACUUUCCCAGUCCGUCUUUGAGAAAAAUGGUCCAGUGCAUUCACAGGAUGAAUGGAUUUAUGAAGCGAAGAAUUGAGGAACACAUCAACACCUUUGAUAAGAACUGCAUCCGGGACAUCACAGAUGCUCUGAUCGCACUUUGUGAAGAAAGGGAAGAGAACAGGGACACAUCUCUACUUUCUAACUCUCAGAUCAUCCACACCGUCAUAGACAUCUUCGGUGCAGGUUUUGACACCAUCAUUGCUGGAUUACAGUGGAGCCUCUUGUACCUCAUCAAGUUUCCAGACAUCCAAGACAAAGUACAGCAGGAGAUAGAUGAGCACAUUGGCUCAGCCAGACUUCCUGGGUUUUCAGACAAGCCCAACAUGCCCUUCACUGAAGCAUUCAUAUUCGAGGUGUUUCGUCACUCUUCCUAUGUUCCUUUCACCAUCCCUCACUGCACCACCAGAGACACCAUCCUGAAUGGAUAUUUCAUCCCAAAGGACACAUGUGUCUUCAUUAACCAGUACCAAGUCAAUCAUGAAGUGGAUCUUUGGGGUGAUCCAGAGAAUUUUCGGCCACACCGCUUCCAGGACCCGUCUGGGCAAUUAAACAAGGAGCUGACGGAGAAGGUUCUCAUCUUUGGCCUGGGGAAGAGGCGCUGUCUUGGGGAUAGAUUUGCACGUUUGGAGAUGUUUGUGUUUCUCACCACGCUGCUCCACGGUUUGCGGAUUGAAAAUGUUCCUGGACAGGAGCUGGAUCUCAGCACAGACUAUGGUCUGACCAUGAAACCACGUCCGUACAGGAUUACCGUCUCCCCCAGAUUUUAGACACUUUGGACAUCACAAGUCCACAGAGACGGUGGAUCUGUCAAUACCGUUCACAGACUGGAGUUUCUUUUUAGUUUAAAAAACCUAAAAAGGAGCAGUUUCUCUAUUAAACACACCAUUUGUUUAGAUGUUCAGGUCAAGCAAACUGCAUUGGUAUAUGUUGAAAAUGUUCCAGUACUUAAAGUCCAUCAAAAUAAAAAAGAAUAGAAGCAGUCCCUCAUUAAAAGCCUUUACAUGAACUUAUUAUUUACAGUUAAACACUGGGGGAGAGGAGGGAACCAUUUUACAGAGCGGUGAUUGGUGCUUCAAGCUUGAAACUGUGUUCAGCCAAGGUGCAUGGAUCCCCCUUCUCUUUGUCCUGCCUCAGCUUUUAAACUGCUGUAAUCCUCUCACCUACGUCAUGUCUCUGGCUCCUCUUCUACUUAUUGUUGCUUUAUGUCAUACACAUAAACUAGUUUAUCUUCACUUAUAGUUGCAAUCUAUUGUUUAAAUAUUACUGUCCUGAACCUUUUUCCAAUCUAUUUCUCUCUCUCUUUACCUCCCACAUUCUUAAAUUACUAACAGUCUCAGUCGACUAUAAAGAUGGCAAUGAAAUGUGAAAUUAGGCAAGUUAGUAUCAAUAAACUAGACUCACAGAAGUAAGAGCCGAGCAGGGCAGAAUUAUCCUUAAAAGGAAAGUGUUGUACUCCAAACUGUUGAAGUUUUUCUUUCUUUUUUUCCCCCUAACCUCCUCGGAGGAGAAUGCAUUUCACCGGCGCAUACUUCUGUCAACCAAUAAAUGAGCUGUUUCACGUGGAUUGAUGAUGUUGAGUUGUAUCUGUAAUCACUUCCUUGUUGACAGUCACUGAAAUUUGUAGCUCAAUAGUUUGAUUUCCAUUAGUUUAUGUAACAAUUAUAAAUGUUUAGUGACUUGUAACACACUUGUGCAUUUUAUAACCACUGCAUUCAUCUGGGUUCGCUUGUUCUAACUGUGACUGUAUGAAUUUUACUUUUUAAGAGUUAGCAGAGCACUAAUAAACACAUCACAUGUGAUAGGCAGGGUUGAUAACUAAAAUCAUGUUUAAAAAUAUUUCAGAAAUAAAGAAAAUGCACUUUUCUCAUAAUCUGUGACUCAUUUGUCUUAAUUAAAUAACAGUAUGGGGCAGUAAAGCUGGUCUAGCUAAUGAUAAGAUGAGUGCAGCUGAACACAGGGAAAUCCUGGAAGAAAAAGUUGAAAAAAGUUGGAACUGGGGUAAAACACAGAUGUUUGUGUGUGUAAUAUGACACAAUUUUAAAAAGUUGGUGCUUCUGUAAGACACUGCAAUUACAGAACAAUCCUCCAUUUUCCUUUGUUUUAUUUCUGUGCAGCAGCAAAGUGGUUUAAUCAGCGAAGCAAACUAUGAAGACCUAAGGACCUGUUAGCCUUUUCAUCAAUCAUGUACCCCCUCCAUCUGCUCUCUGCUCUUCACUGCAGGCUUUGUCCUUCACUUUGCUCUAGCCGACUCACAGUGCAAUUUAAACUCAUCAACAAUAACAAAUGAAGGCCAGCGUGUGUUGAUUGGCCACUGAUCCAAAGCAGCCAAUAAAAAGGAGCACGCAAUGUUAGAAAAAGUGCGAUACAAAAAGAACCACUUGUCGGAUCUACAUCAUAGAUUAGGAGAGCGUGACAUUUAAGACUGGGCCCAGCUACAGGUAAAAAAAAAGAAGAAAACUACUAAAAUGACUCCAGCAAUUUAUUUUGAUGGUUUAGAGCUUUUGGAGUGGAACAAAAACAAAAAAGCAGCAGAAGAGCCAAUCUUCUACAAAUUCUAUAAAUAAAUAAUUGCAAUACUUCAGAAAAUAAGCGGCUUGCAAAAACAUACUCCUGAAUCUUUUUCAUGUUCUCUGUGGACAUUAAUAGGUCUGUCAUGAUAGCAAAUUUUGCUGGAUGAUAAAUUGUCCCAGACGUUAUCGCAAUAAACGAUAACACUGUUGUUAUGAAACCAUUUUCAAGUAAUAAUAAUGCAGGAACACAUUCUUCCAGAUCAAUAAACUUUAGAUUCUAAUGAACAUUUAACACUGGAACUGGAAUACAUUUUAAAUGUCCAAAAUAAAUAAACAAAACAGAAACAACAAAUAAAAUUAAUCAUGAAGUCUCUGUAAACAAAACUGUCUGUCACAAAAAUCCCAACAGGAUAAGUAAAGAUAUAAAUAAAAUCACAGUGCAUGAAAUUAUAUGACAGUUCAAAACAGCUCUAUUUAAUAGAUUAAUAUCAAAGUUUAUUAUUUUAGACUACAGCUUUUCCAGUCCUUUUUCUUUCAUAUUAUAAGUCAAACUAGAGUUUUCAGUCUCCACUUGUAAAUUCACUGUUAAAGAAACACAACAUGUGCUUUUUGCUUUCAGUUUUUUAGACAUAUAUAAUAAUCCUUUGCAUGUAUGAAUCACUAAGUCUUUGUCAUCCUUUAGACAAACAGAAUCUGAACUGUGGGAGCUUUAUUCUAUAGCUCAAUGCACCAACAUUCAUUUUCAAACAGCUUUCAAUCUCUAAAGCAAAAUGUGACUUACUUGUGAACCCCCAUCUUCAUCCAACAUUUAAACCUUUUAAACAUGCCAGCGAUUACAAGACUGGCC